AUGUCAUUUAAAAAUGUUUACAUAAUUUUAAUAGUUACAUUUUGUCAAUGGCUUAUGCCUGAGAACUCUGCUCAUCUAACUCGUUAUCAACGUUCAUUGGGAAUGAAAAAAUUAAAAUUAUGGCCAAAUGGUAUAGUUCCGUAUGUAAUUGAAGAUAUUGACAAAUCCAAAACAAAGGAAUAUACUGAAAUGUUCUCCAAAAUUGACGUCUUAAUAAUCAAGAAGGCCAUAUCAAUUAUUGAAGAAGAAACAUGCAUACGAUUUCAGGAUAUGACUUCAAGAGAAAAUUCACGAAAUGCAGUUGAUAAACAUAUAAUUCGAAUUAAAGGUCGUGGCCAAAGAGGUUGUUAUUCACAUUUGGGUAUGGCAAGUAAUAAAAAUCAAGUUCUUCGAUUGGGUCCAACUUGUCGAACAGUUGGUCAAAUACUUCAUGAGUUACUUCAUGCCUUAGGAGUGAUGCAUGAAAUUAUGCGACCAGAUCGUGAUCAGUAUGUGACUUUGCAUGAAGAGAAUAUUGACAAAUCAUAUUUAGCCGAAUUUAUGAAGAUUAAAGAACAUCAGUCAAUUCUAGCAGAUCGUAAAUUUGAUUUCCAGUCAAUUAGUUUAUAUGAUCCGUUUACUUUUACAUCCAAUGGGAAUCCAGUAUGGGAACCAGUAGUGAAUUUAGACAAUGUGCCAUUAUUUUCAAUUAGUGAGAAAUACUUAUCCUUUGAAGAUACUGUUGGCCUUAAUCGAUUGUAUCAGUGUGACAAAAAUUGUUCCAACAAGAGUACAUUAUGUGGUCCAGGAGAAUUUAGAAACAAACACUGCAUUUGUCAAAAUGAAUCACAAUACGCUUAUGAACGAUGUCAUGAUGACGUCAAUCAAACUGCUUAUUGUACACGAUUUGCUGUACCUCACUGUAGAUAUACAUGUGGAAGAUGUUUUCGAGCUGGUUCAAUGGGAAUAUCAACACCUCCAAAAAAGUUAUGUCAUGAUGUGGAAACUGAGUUAUGCGAAAAUUAUGUCAAAGAAGGAUACUGCCAUUUUGAUGGGUGGACCAAACUUAAUUGCCAGUAUUCCUGUAAACUGUGUCCAUCACCAGACGUCGUCAACAGACAAGUGGAAACAGGUGAUGUCAGAGCUUAUUUAGAAGCAUAUCGUAAAGGUGAUUGUUUCAACAGAUAUGAUGACCUUCGGUGUGAAGUAUUUUCUCAACGUGGUGAUUGUCGUACAAAUCCUGGCUUUAUGUCCAGUCAAUGUACACAAUCAUGUGGCCUUUGUCCUGAUAAAGAAAAGCAGCAGAAAAACGCCAACAGAACACUUUACUCCCAUUCAACAAGUCAACCAGUGCCUUGUCAUAAUUACAUUGAUGAUCAUCGGUGCGAUGCUCUAGCUAAAGAAGGGAAGUGUUAUGGAACCACACUAAAGCAAUGUCUUGGUUCAUGUAAUAAAUGUGGAGAUGACUAUCCUCGACAAACUACUGAAAAUACUGCCAACUUAGUGACGGAAAGCAUGAAUUCAACAAUAUCUUCAGUGCCCAUAAAGUGUGAAGAUCAAUCACCUUUAUGCUCAUAUUAUAAGACAAGUGAUCAGUGUCAGACGAACAAAGUUAUCAAACUGGAAAUUUGCCCUGAAACUUGUAGAUCCUGUGAAUCAAAGUGCAAAGAUUUGGAUACACCAAGCUUCUGUGAAGAUCUCGUUCAACGUGGUUACUGUAAUCGAUCAAAGGCGUACGCAGAAAGAUGUAUGAGGAGUUGUAGAUUGUGUCAGGAUGACAUGAUAACAGACAGUAACUCAGUAAUUUCUAUGAAAUCAAGAACAACAUUACCGACUUUUGUUACUGACGUUUCCCCUGUGCCAGUGGCAACAACGAAAACAAUAAUUGGUCCUACUGUUUCUAGUGCUGCAACGACGGAAAUGACGACAUCAGAUAUUGUCAAUACAGUAUCGACCAAUACUAUCAAGCCUACUGUAGCCAGUUUGAAUAUGACACCAAAAGUUGCUAAAAAUUCUGUACUACUUCGUCGAAAACCUUCACAGAUGCCAAAUAUGUCAGUAAGCGAACAUUUCUACCUUCAGAAUAUCCAUCUAACAAACAGGAAUGCGUUGAUUUAUCGCCAACAUCAUCAUGCAUAUCAUGGAGAAUGA